CACGUCCUUCAAUUCAUGACCAUCUUUUAAAUUUCCUCAUUAGAAUUGAUUUGAAUAUCUCAAUAAAGGAUAUUUAUUCAAAUAAUUCAAACAACAGUUGAUUGAUUUUUAUGCAACACAAAUAUAUCAAAUACAUGUUUGUUUUUGUAUCAUCAACAUUUUAUGAUGGCUUCGAAACUUUUCUUAUGUUUGUUCAUAAUUUGCUAUUUGUUUAUUACAAUUCAAACUGCAUCCAUUUCGUAUGAUGGUUUUGGCACAUUCAAUACCUUAGAUUUUUUCGAUCCUAUUCAUCGACCAAUCAAUCUAUUACCUAAACAUCCAGAUGUGAUCAAUGCAACAUUUUCAUUGUACACCCGUAAAAACCUUCAAAAUCCGGAAACAUAUAAUUAUAAUCCAAGAAUAAAUCGAUCUCAAUCAUUUUUUGAUUCUAAUAAAUCAACAAAAUUAAUUAUUCAUGGAUAUAAUGAAGAUGCUCGAGAAUGGAUGCAUUCGAUUAAAAAUAAUUACUUACAAUUAGAAGAUUUGAAUAUAAUUCUAGUUGAAUGGCCAAAUGGUGAUGAUCCUCCUUAUGUACAAGCAGUGGCCAAUUCACAAAUCGUCGGUAUUAUGGUUGGAAAAUUUAUAGAAUUUUUCAAAAAUAUUCCAUUAGAAAAUGUUCACAUCAUUGGUCAUUCAUUGGGUUCACAUAUAGCAGGCUAUGCGGGAAAAUAUCUACGUGGUCGAGUAGGUCGAAUCACCGCUCUAGAUCCGGCAGGACCACUAUUUGAAGGUGUGAAUAAUUCUGCUGCUCGUUUAUGGGAUACAGAUGCUCAAUUUGUUGAUUCAAUACAUACUGAUAGAGGUCAUGAUAAAAUCCCUUUUACCAGUUUUGGAAUGUAUGAAACAUGUUCACAUAUUUCUAUUUUUGUUAAUGGAGCCGAAAAACAACCAGGUUGUCCACGUGAACGAUUGAAUGCACUUUUAUUCGAAGAAAGUGCUAAUAGAACAAGACAUUUAGUUUUUUGUGCUCAUGUUCGUUCUGUAGAAUAUUUUAUCGAAACAAUCAUACCGGAUCAAUUGAUUGCUAAACCUAUUGCAUAUCAAUGCCAAGAUUGGUCUUCAUUUCAGAAUGGUGAAUGUCAUGAUUGUGGUCUGGAUGGUUCCAAAUGCGUUGAACUUGGACCAAAUGCAGAAAAAAAUCGUAGAUUUAAAAAUAAAUCUCGUGGUCACCGAUUCUUUAUGGCUACCGGUGAUAGUCCGAAAUACAUUAGAUUUCAAUACUUGAUUACUAUACGAAUGGCACAAUCGUCAUCGGAAAAUCGUCAAGCACAGAAUGCUAAAAUCUUUUUGGAAUUUCAGAAUAAUCGAAAAAAUCAAAAACAACAAAUAACAUUCAAUUCAAAUUAUCAAAAAUUUGAAUAUGGAACCAAUUAUUCACAAGUAAUCGUUUCGGAAAUUAAUUACAAUCAAUUUGAUUCGAUUAUAAUGAAUUGGUCACAUGGUCCAUUGAUCGAACUAAUAACGAGAUCAAUGUUUGUCGAUAGUAUACAGAUAAUUUCAUUGUCAGAAAUCAAACUGCGAAAUAAAAAUCAACAGCGAAACAUCGAAAUGAUAUUUAGACCGGAAUCGAUUGAAAUUACCAAUCGAAAUGGUAUUAAGUUUCAUAAAGUUUGAUUCAUUUUAUUAAAUAUUUAAAAAAAUAUUCGAAAAAUACGAAUAAAGAUGAGGUUUUUUU